GAUUCUUGUAAAAUAUCACCACCGAGGGGCUCGACGAUUCACGAAUAUAUUGCGGGUUGUGGUUCGCGAGUGACGUACACACGCUAGGAUCGUCGCGUUGUGACAAGUGUCUCGGUUUGUGGGGUGUUUGUGCAUGUGCGAUUCAAUUACAAUAGAAUCCAGUGUUCUUGGAGUGCACAUAUAGUGAGUGACAACAGCCAAACUAGGCGACGACGAGAAGGCGAAAAGAGAACAUGAAUAGCAGCACCACGACCACCACCAUUCGCCACCAUCAGGAUUCGCUGACCUUGGAUGACAUGAAGGCGUUGGGGAGGCGGGAGAAUCUCGUCGCCAAGAUGUCCAACAACGGUAGCAACAGCGGUGCUAAUAAUAACAAUGUUGCGUUAAUUAACAAUAACAACAACAAUAGUACAGCAAGCAAUAAUAACAAAGUGACCAUCGGUGGCAGCAAUGUGACGUUUGCGACGGCAGCGGCAUCGGCUACUGCUGCUGUGGCGGCUGCUGCGGCGGCAGUGGCGUCGGAGAUCGAAGACAACAAGCUCGGCGCCAACGAUAAGGAGAAGCUCACCAAAGCGGUGAUGAAGGUGUUCGAGGAGUACAAGUGGACUCCGCCUACUAAUGUUGUCAAAUCACCAACAGAUAAGAAGAAAAAUCACAUCAAACGGCCGAUGAACGCGUUCAUGGUCUGGGCCCAGGCGGCACGACGCGAAAUGUCCAAGCAGGAACCGAAGCUCCAGAACUCGGAAAUUAGCAAGGAUCUGGGCAAGAUGUGGAAAAACCUUGCCGCCGAGGACAAGCUGCCCUUCAUCGAGCAGGCCGAGAAGCUGCGAAUGACACACAAGAGCCAACAUCCGGACUACAAGUACCAACCGCGGCGGAAAAAAUCCAAAAAGUUCGGCAAACACGGUAAACACUGCUGCGACGACGAAUGCGAAGAAACCACCAGUUCACCUCCACCUCCGAAACCACGUGCCAAGAAGAGCGGUACCGCUGGUACCGCUGCAAACAAAUCGAAAACGUCAAACCAGCAAAAGCUUACUGCGUCCGUGAUGAAUUCCGGGUAUGAUUUCAUCAACCAGCAACCGAUCGUCAAAGUUGGCCAGACAUCGGAUCUGCUGACUCCCUCGUCUUCGACAUCGUCCGUGGAGCAAUAUCCGGGCUAUUCGACGGCCAGGGACAACGCGACGAAAAUGAACCAAAACGAACUGGUUUCGCGCUACUACGGAGUUGUCCCGUGCGAAAUGGAGUCAUCUUGUAGUCCACAAAGCCCAAGCGGAGCGUCUAUGCAUUCUUCCACGGAAGGUCAACCCCUCACCCCACCGACAACCCCGUACACCGGACUGACCAAUGUCAAGUCCUUUUCGCCACAUUCCCGACUGUCCAGCAAUGAUUCCCCAGUCGGAUACUUCACCCGAAACGACUACAUCAACGGUACCGUCACGGACUACCGCACCAGUGAACAGUGGAGCUAUGCAGCCAAUUCCCUAUCGUCAACCUCUGCUUUCACUACGCAACCAUCUAGCAAAGAGUUCUACCGCAGCUACCCGAAUCAGGUUCACCAGCUGCACGACUCCAGCUCGUACCAUCUUCCACCCUCAUCCGUCUCACUUCAAUCCACCAUCUCAUCCUCCCCCAUUCCCACACUCCCACCGGACUACUCAUCCUUAAACUCAAUCCCCAACCAAAGUUACCUGAUAUCUCCGCUGGACCAGGAUCAGGUCGACAUCGAGCAAUACCUGGACAGCCAAGCCGUGGUCAAAAAGUCUCUCACCGAGUCGCUGCUUCACCAUCACUCUCAACAGCAAUCGUCACCCUCACACCAAGCGGGUCCAUCGCUGGACGCGCUGGGCUCCGAUCCAACCAUGGCGAUAGAUCCCAGCAGCCAGGCGAGCUCAUCAGCACUGUACUACGAAACCGCUCAUGGAUCUUCGCCGUCGACGGCGACGACGACGACAACAUCGCCGCAGCAUUCGCAUCACAUGGCGCAUCAUCUGCAUCAUCCCCAUCAUCCGCACCAUUCGCAUCACCAUCAUCCGCACUCGAUGGCAUCGCACCUGCCGUCCUACUACAGUAGCUGGGGAACAGGGAACUACGGGACGAACUCGUAAGGGGCGAGGGCGUUAGCAUUAAGGUAUAAUUGGUAGUUUGUGUAGCGCUUAAGACAGGUUGAAAGGUUGCACGAAGUUGAUUCAAAUGGAGUUUAAAGGAAAUUGUGAAAGAUUAGUUCGAAUCUAGAGAGCAGGUGUUUGGAAGUGGGAUUAGGUGUUCUGAAAAUGCUGAAAUAGUUCCAGAAACUGCUAAAGGAUGAACACUCGAAAAUUUGUAGAAAGUCACAGAAUAGUUCGAAGGUUCUUGGAGAAAAUCAGGAAGAUUAGACCACUUCCUGAUUUAGAUCGGGGAGUCAUUAAGGCAAGUUUAGAGGACCUCCAGGUUUGAUUCAGCGGUCUUGUAAUGCAAAUGCCGAUAAUUUUAAGCAAAGACGAUGAUUCCGAAGAACAGUUUAAAGCUGCCAAGAAAAGUUCAGAGUUAUACUAAGGAAACGGACGAGAGAGCUUCUGAAAUACCUUAUGAGAGUUUAGAGCACGUCUUUAAAAAAAAUGAGAGGCCUGAUAGAACAUGCCCAAUAGACUUCCACAGGCGUUUCAGAAGUCAGGAGAUGAAGCUUAGAAUGGUCGGAAAUAAACUCCCAGCACGGACCUAAACAGAUUCUAGGUGAAGUCAGAAGGGAGUCCUGAGUUUGUCGCUAAACUGCCGCUAUUCGCAUAACAGUCUCAUAUCCUGUGGAUUUCCUAUCUACAUGGAACUGUUAUGCGAAUAGCAGAAGAAAAUGGCUUGUAUGAU